CAUCAUCGGAUCAUAGCUGCAGAGGAGCCAAAAAUAUUGAUGCACUCACAUAAUUGUCAAGACCCAACAGCUUGCAAUGAGGAUUGGCAUGGUAUUUGGUGGAAUGGAAUGGGCCAGUUCCUUCUCAAUGGCAGGAAUCCACAGCCAUAUAGUGAUGCUGUCAAGUGCUUCAAGGAACUGAAGUUUGGACAGGUUAGUGAGGGUUGCAAAGAGCUGAUGUUCAAGCUCCUGGAUCAAGGAGCUGCCUUCCAUCAUGCUGAACAUUUUAUCUCUGAAGCUUGUCAUCUUCUAGUUGUAAAGUUGGUUUUCAAGCCAUAG